AGGAAGCAAGUUAUGUGAAGUGGCUAAACAGAGUCCACAUAACUGAGUAGAGUGAAAUGUUAGGAUAAGAACACCAAUAAAUUUGUAAGCUCUCACGUCAGCAGCGGCAAAUUGCAUCAUUGUCCCGUAGCAAGAGAGAGAUGCUAUAUCCCUCGAGUAACAAGCGAACCUCCUGCUUCAUAUAUGAUAUUCUAUCCAUCCAAUUUUCUUCCCAAUACCAUGGCGUCCGGAGAGCCCCAGCUUCACUUUGUUAUGUUUCCUUUCAUGGCCCAAGGCCACAUGAUACCCAUGAUCGACAUCGCUAGACUCUUGGCGCAAAGAGGCAUCAUCAUCACCAUCGUCACUACGCAGCACAAUGCGGCGCGAUUUCAAAACGUUUUGACUCGUGCUGUGCAGUCGGGCCUCCAAAUGAGGGUAGCCCUACUAGAAUUUCCAUGCGAAAAAGCGGGGUUGCCUGCUGGGUGUGAGAACCUUGACCUGCUUCCGUCGCAUGGAUUGGCGGCGCACUUCUUUUUUGCAACGGGUCUGUUGCAACAACAAGCAGAGAAGUUGUUUGAAGAGUUAACCCCCGAGCCAAGCUGCAUAUUCUCCGAUAUGUGUUUUCCGUGGACGGUGAAAAUUUCCCACAAGUUUAACAUUCCAAGGAUAUCUUUCAGUGGAUUCUGCACAUUUUGUCUCCUUUGCAUUAACAAACUUCAGGCGUCGAAAGUUCAUGAGAAUUUAAGCUCUGAAACGGAGUACUUUGUUGUGCCUGACUUGCCUGAUCGAAUUGAGGCCACGAAAGCUCAGCUGCCAGGCCCCCUGACUCCAAGUAUGUCAGGGUUUUUGGAUAAAAUUGUUGCAGCUGAAUUGGAAACAUUUGGGAUAAUCAUGAAUACUUUUGAAGAGUUGGAGCCGGCAUAUAUUGAAGCGUACAAGAAGACGGCGAAAGUCUGGUGCAUUGGCCCAGCUUCACUGAGCAACAAAGAUGACUUGGACAAGGCGCAGAGGGGUAACAAGGCCUCCAUUGAUGAACAGCACUGCUUGAAGUGGCUUGAUUCUUGGGAACCAAGUUCUGUAAUUUAUGCUUGCCUCGGAAGUUUAUGCAAUCUUGUGUGUGAACAAUUGAUAGAGCUUGGACUGGCCUUAGAGGCAUCGAACAAAACGUUCAUUUGGGUUGUAAGGGGAUGCAGUCAAUCAGAAGAGUUGGAAAAAUGGAUUUCUGAGAGUGAAUUUGAAGAAAGAACGAAGGGAAGGAGCCUCGUUAUUUGGGGAUGGGCUCCGCAAACACUCAUAUUGUCACACCGUGCAGUUGGGGGGUUCUUAACACAUUGUGGAUGGAACUCGAUAAUGGAAGGGAUAUGUGCCGGGCUGCCCUUGAUCACAUGGCCACUGUUUGGGGACCAGUUCCUUAAUGAAAAACUAGUUGUGCAGGUUCUUAAAAUUGCGGUGAGCGUUGGGGUGGAGUAUCCGGUAAAGUGGGGAGAGGAAGAGAAGAUUGGCGUGCUGGUGAAAAGGGAAAAUGUAACAAAAGCGAUAGAGAAGGUGAUGGAUGGAGAAGAAAGUGAAGGGAGAAGAGAGAGAGCCAGAGAGUUUGGAGAGAUGGCAAAGAGAGCAGCAGAAGAAGGAGGAUCGUCUCACGUCAACGUUUCACAGCUUAUCCAAGAUAUCGUGCAACAAAGUAGUAAUGGCAGACAGACAAACUAAGGAGAGGAGAAUACAAGGGACUUGCUGCUCCAUCUCAACUGAAAGAGCUUCUUGUCUCAUGUACUGUAAACAUGUCAUUUGUUGCAAAAUUAGUUUUCUUUUCUUUUUCUUUCUCUGUAGAUUUAUACUUCAGAAACAAUUGAUACACCUGCUUUACUUA